AUGGAUAGGAUCGGCUUGGCAGAGCUCCAAGAAGGUCGUGAAAUAGCACAAGCGGUCGGCGACUAUCUUAGCAGACUAACAGUGGAGCCAAGGCUUAAUGAGUAUGUUGAGGCUAUCAUGUCUGAAGAACGAAUGAAAGGUAUUGUUUUAAAAUUGUCCCCAAUUGAAAGAUAUGCUGCGAAACGGAAGUUAACAAAGAAACUACAGAUGCUAUGA